CCUUUUCAACUUUCGGUAGUGGCUGAAGAAGAUGGAGGCUUCACGGAGCGACGAAUCCAAUCUGAGCCCUAACCUCAAUCGGAUAUCAAAUCUGAAUCCGGCUCAUAACCCUAUAAUCUCUUCAGCGCAGGUUUGGCCGACGAUCGACGGUCCGUUGGGAUUAACGGAGGAAGCAUCGGUGGAUUACGCUCGUAGAUUCUACAAGUUCGGGUUCGCUCUCUUGCCGUUUCUCUGGGCUGUCAAUUGCUUCUACUUCUGGCCCGUUCUCCGUCACUCUCGGGCCUUCCCUCAGAUCCGCAAUUAUGUUGUUAGGUCAGCAAUUGGAUUCAGUGUCUUUACAGCACUUCUUUCGGCGUGGACAUUGACAUUCUCAAUAGGUGGAGAACAACUUUUUGGCCCUGUUUGGGAUAAGCUGGUUAUGUACAACGUUGCUGAUCGUCUUGGCUUGUCUGGCUUGGCCUAGCUCUCUACUCUUUCUCUCUCUCGUUUAUCUUUGACUUGUAGAAUCUGAGAGAUCUCAAUGUUACUUUGUCUAUCCCCUUCUUCUGCAUUCCUGUGCGAGGAUAUUACUUGUUUAAUGAAAAUUGAUGACAUCCAUGUUGUGAAUAUAAGAUGGAGUUUCAACAUUC